UUGGUUAGUACACACGUGCUGUGGUAAAGAUUGAAGUCACGUUGCUGCAAGCUAAGUUUGUUUUGAUAGCUCGAUGGCGUUUCCCGGCUGCUACAGUUACACCACCGACCCGAGUGCGGCUUUCCUGCGGGGACAGCAGCAUGUUCUGCCGACGACUUGUCUGACCGUUCCCGGUAACGGGCACGGCCUUACGGCGGGGGGAGGCUCGGAGUUCCACGGGCCUGGGCGAUGCCUCCAGUGGGCCUGCAACACGUGUAAGACGAAAGCACGAGGAAAAGUCGACAAGAGGAAAGCGGCAACCAUGAGAGAGAGACGGCGGCUUUCCAAGGUCAACGACGCCUUCGACGUUCUCAAAAAGAAGACGUCUCCGAAUUCCACCCGACGACUCACCAAGACGGAAAUCUUGAAAAACGCCAUAGACUACAUCAUGGACCUGAAGGAUCUGCUGAAGACGUCUGAAGAAGCCAGCGCCUCAAGUUCGUCCAAGACGCACACGUCGGAGUUGGAUCUUGACAGCGAGGCAGGCAGCCCGGCGUCUUUCUCCGAACAGAGCUCUGCAGCCAGUCCGCUGAGUCUGAUCGCGGAGACUGACGAGUUGUCCUGGGACGACAUGAUGACAGCCGCCUCCAGUCUGCUGACGGACAUGGCUGAAGAUUGCGGAUCCCCAGACUCUGGCAUCUCCAGCCUGGACAGCCUGUCCGCCAUUGUGGACAACAUUACGUCAUUCGAUCACGACCUCGACCUAUGACCUUCAUAUCCUGAUCACGGACUUUUAGAUGAUGUCUAGUGGCAUUGUACUGACCGUUGUCUUGUUAAAACACUUUUAUGUGCCUACUAC